GUGGAAUCAGGAAUUGUCCAAACAGAUUCUAAGCAUGUUCAAUUUAAUUCUCGAUUUAUUUUGGUUUUAUCAAAGCUUGAAAUAGUACUAAAAAAACCAAAGAAUAAGUAUAAAUGCAAAUGGAUCUUCUUUCGAUUUGCAAAACUGAUUUGUUUUAUUCAAACUAAAAUUGAAAAUGAAUUCAAGUGUUUUUAUUAAUCAGAGCAAUGCAGCUAAUCAGAAUCAAGAAAAAUUUCAUAAAAAAUUUGAUUCUGUAACUUGUCAAAAGACAACUAACUCUUAUGUUAAUUUCCGCGACUUUUCUAUUACAAACGGUGGUGUGGUUAUUUUAAAUGAGAGUGUUUGUAUCAAAAUAUUGAAUUGUAUAUUUGGGCCAGGAAAUUGGCUUUUAGCUUUCAAAUGUCUUUUGCAAAUUUAUAAAUGUUUGGUUCUGAGGAAAUAUAGCCUAAUUUGUGAUAAUAAUCUGGUAUCUAGGUGUUUUGGCGUGGGAAAAUUUUACUUUGAAGAAGCUAUUUUCUCAACCAUUAUUCAUUGUGAAGCUAGUGCCUUAUCCAGAUGCUGUAAACACUUGGGGAUUGCUGUUAAUAAGUGGGAUGAAUUUAAGUUAAAAUAUUGUUCUAAUUAUAGUCCUAAUUAUAAUCCUAGUUAUUAAAAAUAACCAUUUGUUUAGCUUUGAUAUUUCCAAACUUACUCCUGAUUACUAGUAAACAAAUUAUUGAUUUUUCUGUUUAAAAAAAUACUAUAU